AUGUUGUUUACUAACGCGUUUAUAGUGUUUUUGAUAUCCGGUUGUUUUGUGUACUAUUAUUUCACGAGGACUUUUAAAUACUGGCAAUCGAGAAAUAUCCCAGGUCCGAAACCAUUACCAUUUUUCGGUAAUAUCAAAGAUUUUGUUUUUAGAAAAUCGAAUGCCGCUAAAUUAAACAAACAAUUUUACGAUGAGUAUCCAAACACGAAAGUUGUUGGUAUUUAUAGAUUGACGUCACCCACUUUAAUAAUAAGAGACUUGGAUGUGAUAAAAAAAGUUUUGAUAAAAGAUUUCAACUAUUUCGAUGACCGAGGCAUGGAACUUGGUAAAGAAGGUUUGGGAGCUAAUCUUUUCAAUGCUAAUUCGGAUAUAUGGCGGCCAUUAAGAAAUAUAUUUUCACCUUUGUUUACAACUGGUAAAUUAAAAAAUAUGAUCCAGUUAAUCACUGAGAGAAGUGAUAAAUUUAUGGACUACGUGAAGAAAAUAACUGAAGCAAAUCCAGAUCAAGAAGUAUACUCACUCAUUCAGAAAUUCACAAUGUCAUCUAUAGUGGCUUGUGCUUUUGGACUUAAUAUCAGUGUAGAUAACAACUCAUUUUUAGGAAAAUUGAUCAAAAUAGAUCGUUUGUCUUUUGCGAGAAAUAUUGCGCAAGAUUUAGACUUAAUAUACCCUGGUGUGCUUAAAAAAUUAAAUGCUUCAUUUUUCACCAAACAACUAUCUAUUUUUUUUCUUGGGUUGGUUAGCGAUAUAAUGACAGCUAGGAAUGGUGUACCUUCUGAUAGGAAAGACUUCAUAGAUUUAAUUUUGGAACUAAAAAAUCAAGGCAACAUAGUAGACACAAAUAAAACAGAAGAUGGAGUAAAUGCAAUUGAGGGUGUUAGUUUAACUAAUGAUGUGAUAGCUGCUCAAGCAUUUAUUUUUUAUGCAGCCGGGUAUGAAACCAAUGCAUCUACUCUGGCUUACAUGAUGUAUGAACUAGCCAGGAAUCCGCAAAUACAAGAAAAAUUAAUUGCUGAAGUUGAUGAAGUUCUAGACCGACACAAUGGGAAGAUAACGUAUGAGAUGAUAACAAGUGAAUUGCCUUACAUGGAUAAAGUAUUAAACGAAACUCUCCGAAAAUACCCAGUAGCAGAUUUACAACGGCGUGCCAAUACAAAUUAUAAUAUACCUGGCACAGACAUAACUAUUGAGAAGGGGACGAUUAUAUUUGUGCCAACACUCGGGAUAAAUUACGACGAAAAGUAUUUCCCAAAUCCCACAAAAUUUGAUCCAGAGAGGUUUUCCCCCGAAAAUGAGAGUAAAAGGCAUUCUUGUGCAUUUACUCCUUUUGGUGCCGGCCCUCGGUACUGUAUUGGUAUGCUUUUUGCUAAAAUCCAGAGCCGUGUAUGUCUGAUGAAACUACUGUCCAAUUUUCGCGUCGAGACAUCUAUGAGUACACCAACAACCAUCGAAAUCGACCCACAACGUAUUGUUUCUGCACCGAAGGGAGGAAUACAUUUGAAUCUCAUCACCAGAAAGUCACGAAAUGGUUCUCUUACCAAAGACAAAUAA